UAUUCAUGAGUUAUCCAAGAACAGGGGUGUGGUUUGGACCCAGAACUGAUGCAAUACUCGUUUUCAUUCCUUAUAUGGGGUUAUCCAGUUGUUGUGGCAAUUGUCAGCUGUCCUGGCGCUGGUGGGUGUGUCAUUUAGCAUGAUAAUUCAUUACAAAGAGCAUAUAAUGAGGCUCAAGGUCUAUUGGAAGUCAAAUCUUCUUGAACCUAGGUGGUUCUAAUCAGUUCUUGUUUUUCUCUUUACAGCUUCCUCCUGAAACUUAGAUAAGAGCAAUUUGUUUCCAUUUGAGGGAGGGGCAGAUGUAUGAUUCUGGAGCAACCUUGGUAAUAGCUGUCUUUUGGCUCCACACCAAAGAAGAGGCGAACCCAGACCAGAUGCUGGCGCUGCCUCAUCACGAGUUGACUGAGACUUUGGUUCCACACCCAAACCCGGAUUCAGCUGCAGAGCUGCUCGCAGGGCCAGAUCAGUUUGCUGUUCCACAUCAGGAUCUGAAUGACAAGCUAACCCAGCAGCAAAAGCUCCCAGCAGCGGCUCCAGUGCUGGACUGGGAACAGAAUCAGGCCUUGGUUCUGCCUUUUCGACGCAAAAGUAAGACUAAAACCAUAGGUCCAGAUCAGGCUGAAGGUCACCAGUUAUUUGAAAUAUUUGUUCCUCCUCUAGGUAGUAAGAGCUCAAAACCAACGAAGUUCAUUGAUUCAGCCCCAAACCUGAAGAAGGAUUUCAUUCACCAUCGACAGCUUGCUAAAAUUGUUGUUGGAAGUACAGGCCAGUUAGAAAAUGAAACUCAGGGUCUAGAACAACAGUUGCAGGGUGAUUAUGUAGCUUCCGGUAUGGAUACCAUUUAUCCUGAGGAGAGCCUGCCUACAGAUUUUCUGGGGAACUCAGAGCAACCCCUGGAGCCCCCUAAGGAGGCUGAAAUUUCUGCAUCCCAGCAAGAGGCCCAACUUCGUCAUCCAGAGACCCCCGAGGAGGUUGAAUCUUUUUCACCCCAGGGGGGCUCAGAUAUAUCUCCUGAGCCCCCUAAGGAGGUGGUACCUUCUGCCACACAACAGGAGCUUCAGGCUCAGGCAUCAGAGCCCCCUACAGAGGUGGAACCAUUGCGAGUCCAGCCUACCACAGAGGCUGAACGUUCCACAGUCCUGCAGCAGAGUGCAGUUCCAGCAGCAUCUCCCGAAGUGACAAUUGCAAGUCCAGAGCAGGUUCAGCUUCCACAUCCAACCUUGACUGAGGUCACAGUUCAACCUUUGGACCUGGAAAUUACGUUAACACCUGAAUCCAGUAUGGAGGCUGAACCUUCUCCAACCACGCGGCAGCCCCAAGCUCAGCCUCCAGAGGCAGUUGUAGCUCAGUCUCCAUCGCAUCCCGAGGUGCUGGUUCCAGCACCAGAUCAGGCUCAUGCUGAGCCUCCAACAUCACCCAGGGUCACAGUGAAACCUUUGGACCUGGGACUUACCAUAACUUCAGAGCCUGCUAUGGAGUCUGGAUAUUCUACAGCUGUGCUGCAAACUCCAGCCCCACCUCCCAAACACCCUGAGGUGACGCUUGCACAGCCAACCCUGCCUGAAGUCACAGUUCCACCUGUGGACCUGGGAGGUACCAUUUCUCAGCAACCAAGUCCAUCUGAGACAGUUCUUUUUCCUUCAUCUCAGCUUUCAGUAUCCACAGGUCUUCCUGAUGUAAACUAUACCCCAAAAAAGAAGCAAGCAGAACAGAAUGCCAUCACGAACAUCAAUGUAUGUGAGCUCUGUACCUGCAAAGAUGAGACGCUGUCCUGCGUGGGUCUCAGCCCCAAGCAGAAGCUCCACAGAGUGCCUGAGCCACAGCCCAACACCUACAAGGGCAUCUUCACCACCGUAAAUUUCCAAGGAAACUCUAUUUCUCACAUUGAUGAAAAUGUAUGGAAGGCAUACCGUUGGACUGAGACACUGAUCCUCAGUGACAAUCAUUUGACUGAAUUACAUAAGGACUCCUUUAAAGGCUUGCUAUCCCUCCGGUAUUUAGAUUUAUCCUGCAAUAAAAUACAGUCUAUUGAAAGACGUACAUUUGAACCGCUACCUUUUUUGCAGUUUAUAAAUCUAGGUUGCAAUCUACUCACAGAACUGAGCUUUGGAACGUUUCAGGCCUGGCAUGGAAUGCAGUUUUUACAUAAGUUAAUUCUCAAUCGUAAUCCUUUGACAACAGUUGAAGAUUCUUACCUUUUUAAAUUGCCAGCGUUAAAAUAUUUAGACAUGGGAAGAACACACGUGUCACUUACAACAGUUGAAAGCAUCCUGAUGAUGAACCUUGAAUUGGAGAAACUGAUCUUACCCAGCCGCAUGGCCUGCUGCCUCUGCCAAUUUAAAAAUACAGUUGAAGUUGUCUGUAAGACAGUCAAGCUGCGUUGCGAUGGUGAAUGCCUGACAAAUGCCGCACCUUGUGAUGAAGAAGCAUCUCUAGGGAAUGCAGAAGGAUCGUUCAUGAAGGUGUUACAAGCCCGGAAGAAGAACAACAGCACCGAGCUGACUAUUGAGCCAGAGAGGGCAUCCUCAGACCAAAGUGCUGUCAGCUUGUCAACCUUCAUGAAUGAGCAGCUGGACUCGAAUGCUGAAAGUGAUGUUAUCGGUGCACUAAACUACAUACUGCCUUAUUUCUCAGAGGGAAAUCUACGAGAUGUGGAAUCAACAUUAUUACCAGUCAUUCAGCUUCUUUUUCCAAAUGUACAAGAUGCAGAUACGCUGCUGGGCCAUUUGAAAAACAAUAUAAGGAACCCUUCCAUCAACCCUAUACCCAACAAUUCACCUGAUAAAAAUAAAUUGAGGAAACUCUAUUUUCUGGAAAAUUUGUUAGAUGCAGAAAUUCAAGAACAAAGUGAUGAGAUUAAAAAGAAAGAAAAAACUGCCAUGCUCAUACAUUCCAAACCUUUAGGUCCCAAAUUGAAGCACCAAAUCUUUCAAAAGAAAUUGGAAACUGCUGAACCACAGGAAAACAGCCUAGCAAAGACUGAGAGUGUAGGGGAAAGGCUGCUGAGAGGGAACAGCAUCCUCAAGGACCCAAGGGGCAUAAAGAAAAGGCACUUCAAAGCAGUGGGAGAUGAGAGCGUCAGGAGGAAACAGAAUGCCCAGCCAUUUGUGGAGAACACUGCCAGAGAAAGAAGUCUCACGAGCCCAUCCCCAGUAGAGCUGGAACAGCUUCACAUGGUGCAGAGGCCCCAGGAGUUAGUGGGAAACUCCUUCACCACAGAGCCUGCAUUCAUAAAGGAAGAUAAGGCAGCAGCCUCUUCUUUCCUGAAACAGUAUUCAAGGGGCAGGCUUUCUGGCUCCAUCCCUCCAAACUCCCCAUCUCAGGUUAAAAAGAAAUCAAAAGACUUACCCUCCACUAUUGCUGUUUUAGAAGAUGCAUAUGCUAGAGUUAUAAAUCUGAAGACUUCUCAACUAAUCUCACAUUCCGGGAAAAAAUACAUCUUCCAUAAAAUUCAGUCUGGUCUGGUCCAGAGAAGACCCAAAGCCGAAUUGCGUGGAAAGUUCACAGAGAAAGGUUCUCCCAGUAGAAUGAUGCUUGUGAGGCGUCCUUUCUCAGCAGUGAGAAGCCUCAUAAAUUCCCCUCCAAGAGAGGCUUUUUCAUCUUCAGGAGAACUGACUUCUCAAGAAAAUCCUUUUCCAGAAUUAUUUUCUCUUGCAGACCCUUCUACAGAGAAGCCUACUCCAGAAAGCAAUACUGCACAAAAUGUCUUUGAAGAAAUUACAAACUCUAUUCUGCCAGGAGGAACCGGCCCUGGAAUCACUGCCCAUAAGAGUGUCCCCACGGCACAUUCUGCUGUUGCUGCAGACAACUUUAUCCCAACUGUUCAACACACCAACGAAGCACAGUGGGAGGACCACAGCGUGGGCACUGAAUUAUCCUCUAAGCCCCCAGGCUCCACGUUCCCAGCACUCACAUCCCCGGGUGAUCAAUUUGAAGCUCAGCUAAACCAGCAGCUAUCAUCCCUCAUCCCCAACAAUAAUGUGAGAGGGCUCAUUUCUCAUGUUACCCGGACUUUGAAAAUGGACUGCUUGGAGACCCACGUGCAGCUGGCCUGUGCCAAGCUCAUCUCCAGCACAGGCCUCCUGAUGAAGCUCCUCAGUGAGCAGCAACAAGUAAAGGCAUCGAAGGCAGAAUGGGAUACGGACCCGUGGAAAACCGAGAACUAUAUCAGUGAGAGCGCAGGAGCCCAGGGUGAACAGAAGGAGCAGGAGCCCAGUGAGCUCACAAAAGAAGUCCCAGGAUACAACUAUAACAAGAAACUCAUCCUGGCAAUAUGUGUAACUGGAGCAGUGAUGACUUUCAUUAUCAUUUUCUGUCUCAUUCAGAUUCAUGCUCACAGGGCAGCAGCAGCAGCAGCAGCACAGGGAGAGGAAGAAACAGGGCAACUGCCCAAGGGCCACAAAAGGGGCUUUUUUCCCUUUCUUCUGCGAAAGAGAAGCUCAAGGGAAGGCGAGAGUCAGGAGGGCUUUCACUGGAGAAGGCGGCCACUUUGGCUUAGGGAUACGUAUAGACCGCUCAAUGCCACACGCAAGAAAAACAUGGCACAGAAGCUACACGACCAGGAGUCUUCUGAUGAGGAUGAGAUUUUCCAGAAGGAUGCGGGGGAAGGCAGCAGAACCCCAGCAGAGGACGUUUAGGCUGCAGAUUCGGCUGCUGGGGAGACGGGUGUGGAAAGUGAGGCCGCACACGAGACCGCGGCAGUGUGAGCCCCGUCCUGCCUCAGGCCACCUGCACAUUUCAUUUUCCAGGAUUGGCUUCUCAGCAUCACUUGUCAAAUGCUUCUUUUUCUCAUUUAAAAAAAAAUACAUUUAUUUAUUU